GAAUAUUGACCAGCUGAGGUCAAAUUCAGAACAGAGACGACUCUAGUGAUGAAUAAGAAUUUAAGUUUGUGUACAACACAACACCAAUUUUCUGGUUUCUCAUCAACACCAUCAUGAAGAAGACUAAGCAACAAGAACGUUCUCUCGGUGCUGCAAAUUUCUCGAAUGCUCAAUCACAGUUUUUCAACUUCUUCUCUCAUGUUCUUGCAUUUUCCUCUGGUUUGCUCAUCGGAAUCACCAUCAUCACUUUCUCUCUCAAAAACUUUUCCCUCAAUUUUCAAUUCCACCAACUCUCUCUUCAAUCUUUGCCUGCUCCUCCUUUUUCUGCUUCAAUCUCAACUUCACACAAUCAUUCAAAAGUCACCACCAUCUUCACUCCAAAUGGCUCAACCAAAGCUAUGCAUAACAUGACAGAAGAGGAGUUGCUGUGGAGAGCUUCCAUGGUUCCUAGGAUUAAGGAACUUCCCUACAAACAUGCCCCCAAGGUUGCAUUUAUGUUUCUGACAAAAGGACCAGUCUUUUUGGGUCCUCUCUGGGAGAGAUUCUUCAAAGGAAAUGAAGGCUUUUAUUCUAUCUAUGUCCAUUCGCAUCCUUCUUUCAACGAAACACUGCCUCAAAAUUCUGUCUUUCAUGGCCGCAGAAUCCCAAGCAAGGAGGUAAGAUGGGGCGAGUUCAACAUUGUAGGGGCAGAGAGGCGUCUACUAGCCAAUGCUCUGCUCGACUUCUCCAACCAACGUUUUGUUCUUCUCUCAGAAUCAUGCAUUCCUCUCUUCAACUUCUCAACCGUCUAUAACUACCUCAUCAACUCAACCACCACCUUCGUGGAGUCCUACGAUCUUCCAGGUCCAGUGGGGAGAGGCAGGUACAGUCCCAGAAUGAAACCACUGCUUACGCUUUCUCAGUGGAGAAAAGGCUCCCAAUGGUUCCAAAUAGACCGUGCCCUUGCCACCGAGAUUGUCUCCGACCAACUAUACUUCCCCCUGUUCAACAAACAUUGCAGAAAUGGAUGCUACGGUGAUGAACACUACUUGCCGACUUUUGUCACCAUCAAGUUUUCGCAGAGUAACUCCGACAGAACUUUGACGUGGGUCGAUUGGUCUCAGGGUGGACCCCAUCCAGCAAGGUUUAUGAGAAGAAACGUUACCAUAGAAUUUCUCAAGUGGCUGAGGCAUGGAACAACGUGUGAGUACAAUGGGAAGAGCACCGAUGUUUGUUACCUCUUUGCAAGAAAGUUCAUGCCUCAGGCUUUAGAUAGAUUGCUCAGGUUCGCUCCAAAGAUAAUGCACUUCAAUUGAUUUCUGUUUUCUCGUAUUGUUUUUACUGCUCGGAGUUUAAAUUGUUGAGUGAUGCUAUUCAAGUAUUUAAACAAAAGAAUCCAUUGUAUACUACAAAAAAUACAUUUCUUAAACAAAAAUUAUAUUUUCACUCUCA